AUGGGCAAGCGCAAGAGCUCCAAGCCGCCGCCCAAGAAGGUGGCCCCGAAGGUGGACACGACGUUCACGUGUCCGUUUUGCAAUCACGACAAGAGCGUGUUCGCGCGACUCGAUCACGUCGCCGAGAAGGGGCUGGUGGAGUGCGGGACGUGCGGACAGAAGUACACGUGCAACAUCACGCACCUGAGCGAACCGAUCGACGUGUACAGCGAUUGGAUCGACGCGUGCGAGAGGAUCAAC